AUGCAUCAAACACUGACCACUGUGAAUCGAAAAUCAAGAUCUCUGUCAUCAGUUACUUCACAGUCACAGUCAGUUUCAACUUCAGGCUCAGCUUCAACUGCUAACUCGUCAGUAUCUUCCAAGACUGCUUCCUCACGCAUGCAAAAUUUGGGGCUGUCGCAACCAACAUCGUUUCAUCAUCAUUAUCACUUGAAUGGCAAAAACGGGGUUAACAGCAACAGCGGCGGGCACUUUGAGUCGAAUAAUAGUAGUGAAAGAAGGGGUUCUCCAAAUGUGAAUAAUACGGUGUCGGAAUCACCUGCUGUUGAGCACCACCACCAUUACCAUCAUCAUCAUCACCACCAUCCGCAACCAUCAACUGUCUUCCCCAACUCUUCAAGCUUACGCGACAUUUUAUCCCUUGUUUUUGUUACAUUAUCAUUACCACAAUCAGUUUCAUUACUCAUUUGCAUCUUGUAUUUAAUUUUAGGGUCAAAUUUUAUGGGUGGAAAAUUUUUGAUCAAUUUCAUGCUUCCCAAAUCGCAAAAACCUGUAUUUAAGGGCAUUAAAAGUAUAUCAUAUUCGGCAAUAAAAGUCACCUUAAUUGAUUCGAUUGUUUACUUGACGUUGGUUAAAUUAAUCAAAAAAAAGAGCUAUUUCAAUUAUUUGAUUAUGUUGUCGAAAUCAAUAGUAUCGAGUGAAUUAAUUGGUGCUUCAUCGAUAUAUUAUAUCAACUCCAUAUCAAACAAGAAAAUCACGAGCAAGAUACAGUACGAUGAUAAAAGACGCAUUUUUUUCAAUAGCAGUCUAAUGAACGCUAUAUUCUGCUUUAUCAUCAUCAAUUAUAUCAAUUAUUUAUUAAAUUGGUUUCAUUUUGCAUCAGUAUCUAUCAGCCCACCAACAACUACAGCAAAUGCCACCACUACAUCUAUGUCAACGCCAUUGGCAUCAUUCAAGUCACUCAAUAACCUCGCAACGAGAAUCAUCCCCGUGAACAUAUCAUAUAUAAACAAUUUGAAUUUCAGCGAUUACAAGAUUCAAUUGUAUUUAUUCCUCUCGAUUCAUAUUAUCAACCGGGCGUUAUUUGUCAAAAAGUCAACCAUUGUACAAAACUCAAUACCUAGUGUCAAUGACGAGAUUUCUGUUAAUGUUGAUGAAAAUAAAUUGACCAAUAUCAAGGUGGAUUUGAGUCAAAAAACAAGCAAGAAUAAUUGGAAUUCGAUUGCUUAUAAGAAUUUUGAAAAUUUCGUGGUUUCUCCAUUUAAUAGCAAGUUGACCAAUUUAAAGAAUAGAAUGAGAGCAGCAUCUUUGUCCAGACCGAAGUUAGGUUCGGCUGGCACACAGAGUUUGAGUUCAUACACUUUGGCGGUACCUGCAAAUGCUUCUGCUGCUUCUGCUGCUUCUGCUGCUGUUACCGCGCCUACUGCACCUGCACCUACAUCUGCAGUCACAACAACGCCUUUGGCAAAUGCAUCUACUGGACCAACAUCAAUUACAACUUCAUCUAAAAUGACUUCUGUUUCAAAAUCUUUAACUACAACGACAAUAUCCCCAAAUGUUACAGUAGUUGAGAAUACGAUUAUCAUCCAACCAUUUUGGUCCAUUGUUGCUGCGUGUAAGGCAAUUUUAAAGAAUCCAAACUUGUUCAACGGAGAACCAACGAGAAAGAAUGCUGACAAUGGAGUUUCUGAUUUUAGCAGUGGUCGUUGCAAGGACUUGCCAGUUGCUAUUGUAGCUAUCGAUUCAAGCAAAGUGGUUUUAAAGUUGUUAUUCAGUGAAGGUGUUGAAAAUUUAAGAAUCAAGUUGAAUAAUGUCGAUUGGUCGUAUUUAAAAUUUGGUAAUCAAUCAGGCACGCGUUAUAUAACAAUCUAUGGAUUGACUCCCUUGUUUCAAUACGAAGUGGAGAUUUUGGAUGGUGAUGCAUUGCUCAAUUAUAUCUUAAUCAACACCACCAAUGACAAUGACCAAGUCAUCAAUAAGUCUAGUGGAGAAACGUCGUCUCUCGUUACAUUACAAACAUCAUUAACUUCGACAAUGACAAAUUUGAAUAAUCUUAAACUCAAAUUGAAGAAAUUCAAAAAGGAUGAAAAUAAAAAGAUGUCCGAUUUGAAAAAUUCUAUUGAUGUUGUGAAAAACAAAAUUUCCAAAUACAAUAAUGCCAAACCGGCCAAUGAAAAUCGGGUUUAUGGUAAAAUACAAGGACUUAAACACUCAGUGUUGCAAUUGGAAAACGAAAUUGAUUCUAUUCAAUCGGAAAUUGAUACAUUAACUCAAGAAGAGAAGCAAUUGCAACACCAAUCGAAAAUCAAGCAACAAUCACAACUUGAUGAAAUUAACCAAUUGGAAUUGGAAUAUACUCAGUAUGAAUCUAGAUUAAAGGGUUAUAAAUCAGAUUUGACUAAAUUGCAACAAGAGCAGUCAAAUUUAUCAACCAAGUAUCAAAAACUAUUGGCUCGUCAUGAUUCUAAGCAAGAAGAAUUGAGAUUUUUACAAUUGGAAUUGAAGAAUUUGAAAAAGGGGGAAAUCUUAUCGAAAUUCGCUAAGCGGAUCAAAAAGACUAAUGAAAAGUUUGAUACUAUAAUUCCAAGGAUUUUACAUGAGACGGAAUUAUUGAGACAAGAGUGUGCUGAAUUAAUGGAUGAGUAG